AAGCCUGAAUCAACAAAAGGGCCCGCACCGGGGCGGGAAUCGACCGCACCGACGCAACAUGGAUGACUGGAUGAGAUACCAAAUUACUGGAGAUGAGGUGCAUGCGGCGUAUAUGUGGACAUGUUGGAUCUCGUGUAUGCUGAAUUUGGUCUCUUCACCCGAUCAUGCUUUAAGAGGCGCUACAUCUACGCCUUCCGGCGGCAACGCGCUGUACGCGCAGCCUUCAUGGGAGGAAGCCUGGGGGCCAUUGGAUGCGUCAGUGCCUCCAUCAUGACCUCGCAGGUCUUUGCCAAAGAAUGGCCCCCGCCGGGGCUUCCCAAACGCUGCGCCGGCUUUUCGGUCUUUUUCGGCUUGGCCUCAGCGGCGAUUUCCUGGAUUGGAAGCCAACAUUUGGUGGGCCAACUGAGCCUUCCCCAGAUGGAAGGAGUCGCCGAAGAGGCUAAGAAGGCGGCUUCCAAGAUGGACCGUGACCGGACGAUCUAGCGG